AUGUUAACAAUCCAACAACCACGUCCCUUCCCUGUUGUUUCAAGGGUUCCAACUCCAAGUUCUAUGAUCCCUGUUGUUUCAAGGGUUCCAACCAUGAUCCUUGGUAUGGAUGUGUCACAUGGCUCUCCUGGGCAGUCUGAUGUCCCGUCAAUAGCUGCGGUGGUUAACUCCAGGCAGUGGCCCUCCAUUUACCGCUAUAGGGCAUCUGUCCGGACACAGUCACCCCGGGUUGAAAUGAUAGAUUCACUAUUCAAACGAGUGUCUGACCGGGUGGAUGGAGGUGUUAUGAGAUUUUGGUUAUUCUGUUAUUUUCUUUUACCUUUUAUUGAUGAUGCUUAUUUCAUGAUUACUUUUGCUCAUUAUUCUGGUUCCACUCAGGACGGGUCAGCUUGCAAGAAUCUUGAUGAGAAUUGGAACCCCAGGUUUGUGGUCAUCGUAGCACAAAAAAAUCAUCGUACAAGGUUUUUCCAGCAGGGAUCUCCUGAUAAUGUUCUGCCUGGAACCGUGAUAGACAACACAGUUUGUCAUCCACAGAACAAUGACUUUUAUCUAUGUGCACAUGCCGGAAUGAUUGGAACCACAAGGCCUACCCAUUAUCAUGUUCUCUUAGAUGAAAUCGGAUUUUCAGCUGACGAACUGCAAGAACUUGUCCAUUCUCUAUCAUAUACGAAUCAAAGAAGUACCACUGCCAUAUCUGUAGUCGCUCCUAUUUGGUAUGCGCAUUUGGCAGCUUCGCAGUUGGGGACUUUCCUGAAGUUUGAUGAGGCUCCUGAGACAUCCUCAAGCCAUGGUGGGGUGACUGCUCCUGGAGCCAUACCUGUUCCGCAGCUGCCGUGGUUGAACAAGAAUGUCUCCGAUUCUAUGUUCUUCUGCUGAGACCUUUUGACCAUGUUUACUAUAGGCUUUUGGUUUUACCAGCAACUGAUCUGAAACCCUUUUUAAGUAUAUUUAAACUUUAGAGUUAGGGCUAUCUCAGACUUGUUCUGAUGAUGACGUGCUGUUCUCUGAAUCAUCAUCCAUUUUGGUUAUAAA